AUGAAAAAGAAUAAGCGUUUGCAUUUUGCUCUGUAUCAAUCCUUGAAAAAGUGUGUUUACAAACCUGGUGCAUUCUAUAAAGAAAUACUAUUUCCUCUAUGUGAGUCAAAAACGUGCAAUCUAAGGGAAGCUGUUAUUAUUGGGAGCAUAAUACAAAAAGUUUCUAUUCCUCUUCUUCAUUCAAGUGUUGCAUUGUUGAAACUUACUGAUAUAGAAUAUUGUGGUACAACAAGUUACUUUAUAAAGAUCCUUUUGGAGAAAAAGUAUGCUCUUCCAUAUCGGGCACUUGAUGCUCUUGUUGUACAUUUUGUGAGAUUUUCGGAUGACACAAGAAUUAUGCCUGUAAUAUGGCAUCAAUCGCUGCUUGCAUUUGUGCAAAGGUACAAGAAUGAACUGCAGAAGGAAGAUAAAGUUAGCCUGAGAGCUCUUCUUGAAAAGCAAAAUCAUAAACUAAUUACUCCUGAGAUAACCAGGGAGCUAAAUAAUAGCCGCAAUCGGGGUGAGAAGGAGGAUGAUCUUAUGCUAAUUGAUAUCCUUUGUCUUACAAGUGCUACUAUUGAAGAAGAUAGGUUUGAUAUUCCAGAGGUUCCUAUGGAGGAAGAUUGAUCAAUUACUUGCAAAGGUAUUUUCUUAUAAUCCAUUCUUGUGUUUUUGGCCUCAAAUCAUUUUUUUUCUCUUAAUGCCCUUUUCUCAGGUUUGCAAGGCUCAUUGUGUUGUUGCAGCAUGUAAGUUUUGUCGGAAUUUAAUCGUAUAUUUUGCUUUGCAUCGAAUUAAACCACAUACUCCACUGCUUUUACUUGAGUUUCAUUCUUGCGAACGUACUCACCGGUGACAGAGGGUGUCAAGGGAAGUACACCAUUUUCUUUUUCCAGGGAGAAGAUAUAAUUCUGGGAUUUUAUAUGUGAAACGUUUGUGCAGCUGAGUGGAUUUAGUUUAUAGUUUAUUUAUUAUUUUUUUCCCCAUCAAUUUCUAAGGUUUAUUUGGAAUGUGGAUUUUUUUUUUUGUAGGAAAGAAAAUGUAGAGAAAUAAAAAUGCAACAUUUUCUUCUGUUGGAUUUUGCUUGGAUACAGUAUGUGCAAUUUCGUUUGGUGUUUGAAGUUAUUUCAGUUAUAUAAUAUAAAUUUACAAAAAAUGAAAAAGAAAAACAGGAAAAUUGUAGUAAAACUAUCCGAGUUACAAUUUAUGCUAUGCUUAAUUUUACAGUUUUUUUUUGGAGCGAAAUCAAACUUUAAUUUUGUUUUGGUAUUUACUAUAGUGAGUAGUUAAAUGCCAACUUGUAUUGUUUAUGUGUAUACAAGUGUACAUGUGAUAUAAUUUUAUUGGUCAGUACCAUUUUAAUUUUUUAAAUAUUAUGAGUAAACAAUUUCAAGAGAAUCAUGGAAUAUACACUAUAAUUAAUGUUUAAACUUGCUUGUGCAUGAUAGCCCAUUUCUAGCUGAUGACUUGCUUGAAAGACUUUUUGAUGAGUGCCCAGAUAUCAAAACACUCUAGAAACUCCAUUCCAAGAUCUUUUUCGACCAGCAUCUUCAUUAGAAUCAAACACUAGGUAUUAAGGUUAUGAGGGCU